GAAACAAUCCGCAAUGCAUUCUUUUUAAAUCGUUCUGCUGUUAAAAUGGCAAAUAUGGAUAAAGCAUGUAACUUUAUGUUUACCAAACCUGCAGGUUUGAAGAACAAUGAGUUGCUAUAUUUUGCAGAUGUAUGUGCUGGCCCAGGUGGUUUCAGUGAAUACGUUCUGUGGAGAAAGAAAUGGCAUGCAAAAGGAUUUGGUCUUACUUUAAAAAAUAUAGAUGACUUUGAAUUAAAUAAAUUUCAAGCUGGUCCUUGCGAAACAUUUCAUCCAUAUUAUGGACCAAAAGGUGAUGGUGAUAUUUUUGAUCCCAGUAAUCAAAAAGCUUUCAGAAAUCUUAUAAUGACUCAUACCCAUGGUAAGGGAGUACAUUUCAUGAUGUCUGAUGGUGCAUUUGAAAUUGAAGAGGGU